UUGGUCACUUUUUCACGCAGCAUGUUUACAAUGUUUUUCCCGUUUAAAUCAAUUAAAAAUAUAUCCCUUCUAAAAAAAGUAUGGAUAAAUUUAUCGAAAGUAGAAAAACUGGAUUUAAAAAUAAAAUUAAAAGAGAAAAUAUAAAAUUAAAAGCAGACCGCAAAAUCUACUACCAAAACUGGAGUAAAUCUGAAAGAGAAACUCUCGUUUUUCUUCUCUUUAAAAAAUAUAUUUUUUCGCCGCGCAGAGUUUGUGUUACAAGUUGCACAACUGUAAAAAUAAAUGUAGCAAAAAAAGCUUCCAGCUUUUAUUUAUUUUUAAUACUAAACAUAUCUUCUUCUUCUUCUUCACACAUCCCCCCAAAAACAUUUAUUCACUCCAAAAAUAUUUUCUACCAAAAAAAACUAAAAAAAUGAAAAAAUAUUUCUACUAUAAUUCUUGCCAAUCUUUAGUUUUAUUAAUUGCUUUUUCAAUAGAAACUCUUCAACAAGAGGCUGCUGUUAUAUCUGAUCAUAUCAAAAAGGCUGCAGAAGUCUAUGAUUUCGCUACACAGAUUAUGAAUUUGGGUGGAAGUAUUAUUGGAGAAAAAGAAUUUCCUACAAAUAAUGGAUACGGCGGAUAUGGAAGAGCACUUAAAAUGAAAGAAAAUAGUCUAAAUCAACGCUUUGGAGCAACACCAAUGGGUCUACCUUAUAGCGAAUAUGGGGGAGGUAAAAAUAAUAACCAAUGUUUUGGUAUAAAUACUCUUUAAAGGCCCAUUAGGUGCAGCACGUUCAAGGUUUUUAAUAUUAAAAAUAAAAAUUAGAAUCACCCCAAAAAUAAAUAUAAAAUCUUAAAAAUAUUCAAAAAAACUUAAUAGAUCUCAACCAAAAUCAUUAGUUGAAUCAAUGAUGGAAACUUUUCUUGGUUCGAAAAUGAAAAAAUUAAAAAAGAAUUUCUCUCUUUAUAUUUUAAAGGCUCUUCAACUUCUCAAGAUAGAAGCUCCCCAUACGACCCCUAUGAUCUUGGUUAUGGUUCUAGUUUGUAU